ACCCUCGUUUAAGUCUUUAACAGUAGAUAAGUAAACACUUCUCACUUACAAACCCAAAGCCCAAAACCCCUAACAAAGAACCUCACAGCAUUUCCGAAAAUCCUUUGCCAUUUUUUGCAAUCUCCGAUGGCCUCAGCAGCCGCCGCCAGAUCCAUAUUCCGGUCAUGCUCCGGCUCCGCUCGCGGCGCUGCGGCUCGUCUCGCUCCCCAAGCUACAUCUACAGCUAAAACGGCUCGCUCUCCCUUUCGCAUCCCAAACAAAAAUUCUCUCUCUAAUUCCGCUCUCAGGUGUCCUGUUCAAACGAGUUUUUGUGUGGAGUCAAUGCUGCCAUACCACACUGCGACUGCAUCGGCUUUGAUGACAUCAAUGCUCUCAAUCUCUGGUGGCACUUACGGUUGGCUCCCAGAUGCUUGCAAUGAUGAUUUGUGAUGAAUGUCCAAUGGGUUCAGAAGAAGUUUUGUCUGAAGUUAUUGCAUUCUAAGAGGGCGCUGAUAAGUUAGAAGUAUUAAAUGAGAGGCCUACUGGACAAUUCUGUUCUGAAAAAUUUUCUUUUCUUUUUUAUCCUUCUUUAUCUGGCUUGAGUCUAAGCCUAUGAGAAUUUCAUGUAUAAAUUUGAAAAGAUUGCUAAUUACCUUUUUCACCCUGAUGGCAUUGAAUCAUGUCAAACAGAUGUCUAUUUUUUGUUUUUUAUUUAUGCAAGUUUAUUAUCACAUAUAUAGCAGGAGCUGUAGUGUAGGUAUCUUCUUGAUAAAUGUGAUGAACUGGAAAAAACUUGAAAGGUCCUCCCAUGAUGAACCUGUACUAGUACCUCAGUCUAAUUCUCCGAAUACUACUGAUUGAUAUUAGGGUUGAAAACUGGGAAGGAACAUUCAACUGGUCAAGUAGUUAUACAUUUGCAAUGCAGUUAGCUUAUGGUGGCAGUCCUGUCCUAAAACUCUUAGGACCAAAGAUUCAAAGAAGUAAAAAGUCCAUAUAUAUAUGUGUGUCUGUAUGUAGAUUGAUAACAAUGACAGGAAUUGUCAUCAUAAAUUUUGAUGCUACUUUUUUCGGGUGAUCUGUUUUAACUUUUAAGGUUGCAAGGAUUAUUACUAUAUAAAUAUUACUA